CCAGAGGGUGUUUGAGGUCAUUGCAGAGACACACAGCCAGCGGCUGCAUCUGCACAGAUGUGAACAUCUGGAUCUUGUUCACACUCAGCCAGAGGAAGACGCCUGGGUAGGCAGGGGGGAGGGACCCUGCCAUUCUCCCCGUCCUCUGGAUGAAUGUCUGAGAAAGCAUGAUGUCACUAGUUGACAGAAAGGAACUGGAAGCUCAGAGAGGAUCAUUGUGAGCACUAAAAGGAAGUGAAUUCAUACCAAGCAAUUGGGAAGGUGGCUGGAGCAAAGUGGGAAGUCAUCAACCACAAUCACUAAAAAGUAGUAGGAGAGCAGGACUCUGACAUGGCUUGGAAGGAGCUGUAGGAGGGUGAGGUCACACUGCUUCCAGCCUGAUGCAGACAAGGAGUUGAAGAGAGGUCACUGGGAGCCCCUGCUUCCACCAUGAGCUCAGAAAACUUUGGACACUGCUGAGGUAGUCAGCUGCCUCUUCUCUGGAAAGUUCCUACUUGUGCCCCAGAAUUGAGGGUGGUGUUUCCAGGCUGGGUUAAACUCCAGAGUAAUCAAGAACCACAAAGAGGAUGGAUAAGCAUCCUUGAGCUUCCAAGAGAGACCAGGAGAUUCCUCUCACCCUGGGGUCUGCCCACAUCCUCCUUCCUGGCCCUCUCCUCAGGAUCCAUGACCAAGGUGCUGACUUUCUGCCUCGCCCAUCAUCCAGCAAGUGACUCAGAACAGAGGCCAGGAGAGCACACACGGAGAAUGGACAGCAGAUGGGAGUCCCCGAGGCAAGGCAGGCCUGGGAGAGGAGGUCCUCCAGAAUCACUGGAGCUUCUCCUGCUCUCUCUCUUGUCUCUAGCCUCCUGCUGCUCCCAGAACCUGAGGUAUCACCACAGAAGCUGUUUCCUCCAGUUCUUGCCCAGCCACCAGCCCAGCCACUCUGUGAGGAUAUUGAGAUCUUUUUGGAAGAGGUCGUUGAAUGUCUCUGGGACAAACUCAGCAGAGAGCAACUAGGACUCCUACUGAAUAAACUCCUGAAGAGACUUAAGACUGAGGACAGAUUGUCCAGGAAAGAUGCCAAGGAACUACACAAAUAUCUGAAGGAAUUGAACAGAGCCUUGGUUGAGGAGGGCCAGGAAAGACUCACCAAAGAGGAACUGGACAGGAGGAGGUUUCUGAAAAAGUUUCCUCAGGUGAAACGGCAGCUGGAGGAGUUCAUACGCAAUUUCCACACGCUCGCAGACAAGGUUGACAAGGUGCAUAAGGGAUGUACCAUCUCCAACGUGAUGACCCAUGGCACUGGUGCUCUGUCUAGUAUUCUGACCAUUGUUGGCCUGGCUCUGGCACCCGUGACAGCGGGGGCCAGUGUGGCGCUCUUGGCCACUGGGAUAGGGCUGGGAGCAGCAGCUGCUGUCAGCGGUGUGUCCACCAGUAUCAUCGAACAUGUGAAGAGGUCAUCAGCAGAAACCGAAGCCAGUCGUAUGAUGUCAAGUGAUGUCAAGAAAUGGAAGGUUCUCCUAGAGGUACUCAAGAGCAACCCCCACAUUGUUGACACAACAGAGGAAAUCACAGAAAUUGUACGAUGCAUUGAAAUGAAAAUCUGUACCAUGGAGACAGGCAAAGACAACUCUGGCUCUGCAGCCGGUGCAUACAAUUACAUGAGCGCUGGGAGGAUCUCAGGCCCAGCCAUCGAGAAGAUACAGGCAGAUUUGAACGCCACAGCUUCAACAAUAAGCAAAGGAGCCCGGAUCAUGGGUUUGGCCACUGCAGGGGUUUUCGUUCUGGUGGAUGUGGCCUUCCUGGUGAGGGAGUCAAAGCACUUGCACGAUGGUGCCAAGACAGUAACAGCUAAAAGUCUGAGGAAGCAGGCACAGGAUUCUGAGAAGAAGUUGGAGGAGCUUACCCAGAUCUAUGAGAGUCUGCAGGAGGCCGUGAUUUAGCCAUUCCCAGAGCAGUGCGAGGUCCAGGGACACAUAAGGGCCUACGUUCACAGGUACCUUGUUAGAAGGAAAGAGGGAGAUCACAUUAAUGAAGCUGGGGGUUAUGAAUUUGGCAUUUCUGUGGUUGAGCACAGCAGGGAAGGGAUGGAUGUAGGUGAUGGAUGAGGAGAGGGAAGGAAGGGGCCUGAAGCCUAGAUUAAGGGAGGAGGGGGCACUAGAGAAUGAGAAGCAGGGAGAAACCACUUUUUUUUCAUACUAAGAACAUUUUAUUUUGUGUUGGAAUAUAGCCGAUUAACAAUGUUGUGACAGUUUUAGGUGAACAGCAAAGCAGCUCAGCCAUACACAUACAUGCAUCCAUUUUCCCCCAAAUUCCCCUCCCAUCAGAAAUCACUUACUUUGGACUAAUGAUAACCCUGGAGGCAGAAUAAAGGGAGAGGCAGGCGAACUAGCUAUGAAAGGCCAGGUAUACGAAUGGGUUGACAAUGGGAGAAAGUCAGUGAGUUAGGAUUGUUGGGAUCCAGAAGGAGCCGGGGCUCCUCUAUCGCCCUUCCCAGGCUGUGAUGUCCCAGCAAGAAGAGUCUUCCCCUGCUGGUGGUCUCUGGACCUCACCUCCAACAUCAACUCACCUGUGGCCCUAGCUGAUGUAUCUUACUUAGGCAGUGACUUCUUUUGUUUGUUUGCUUCAUUGAAGGGUAAUUGAUUUACAAUAUUCUGUUAAUUUCAGGUAUACAGCAACGUGAUUCUAUUAUACAGGUAUCUAUGUAUUUAUCUGGGCUUCCCAGGUGGUAAAGAAUGUGUCUGUUAAGCAGAGACACAGGUUUGAUUCCUGGAUAGAGAAGAUUCCCUGGAGUAGGAAAUGACACCCCACUCCAAUAUUCUUGUUUUGAAAAUCCCAUAGACAGUGGAGCCUGGCAUGCUACAGUCCAUGUGUUUGCAAAGAGUCAGACACAACAGAACAUCUAAGCAUGUAUAUAUCUAUAUUCUAUUUUAUUCAUUUCCAUUAUAGUUUCUUACAAGAUAUUCAAUACUGUUCCUAUGCUACUGCAGCAGGAAGGCCCUUGUUUAUCUGGUGUGUAUCUAUUAAUCCCAUCUCCUAAUUUGUGUAUCCCCAAAAAAGUUUGAUAAAAUGUUCAUUAUCUAUG